AUGGACGACUUCGUAACAGGAACAUACAUAGUCUGUGCUAUAUUCUUCAUACUUUCUCUUGGAGGACUAAGCAAUCAAUUAACUGCAAAGCGAGGAAAUUACCUAGGAAUAAUUGCGAUGACCCUUGCAAUCAUAGCGACCUUUUUUGCCGAUGAAUUCGACUAUCAGUUCGCUAUAUUCUUUUUUAUGCUUGUGCUCGGCGGUCUAAUAGGAUGCGCUAUGGCUCUUAGAGUGGAAAUGAUCAAUAUGCCCCAAAUGGUUGCAGCACUUCAUAGCUUUGUAGGACUUGCCGCAACCCUUGUGUCAUUUGGACACUAUUUGCUUCACACGGACCAAGACAACCUAGCAAGAAUCGAAACAAAUAUUGGGGUCUUUAUUGGUGCAGUCACCUUUACAGGGUCAGUUGUGGCCUGGGGAAAAUUACAAGGCGUUAUAAGGAGCCAGCCUUUGAUAAUACUAGGCUGGGGAAGACACGUAAUAAAUUGCUUAUGCAUCAUUGCAUGCAUUGCUAUUGCGAUUGUUUUUGGUCUAACGGAUAACGACGAAACUUUGACCAAAUUUUUCUUAUUGUUAGCAAUCUCUUUUAUUGCUGGAUUUUUAGGGUGGCAUUUGGUAAUGGCUAUUGGAGGAGCUGAUAUGCCAGUCGUGGUGUCCAUGCUAAAUUCUUACUCAGGCUGGGCCACUUCUGCCAGUGGAUUUUUGCUAGAAAAUGAGCUACUCAUCAUUACAGGAGCACUUGUAGGAUCUAGUGGAGCUAUUUUGAGCUACAUUAUGUGCAAGGCUAUGAAUCGGUCCUUUAUCAGUGUGAUUUCAGGAGGAUUUGGACAAGGCACAGGAUCUCCUUCAUCAGCAGCCAAGGCACAAAAAGGUGAGCAAAAGCCAAUUGACGCCAAAGGAAUGCUUAACCUAUUAAGAGACGCCAAAAGAAUUAUUAUUGUUCCAGGGUAUGGUAUGGCCGUUGCCAGAUGUCAGCAUGACGUCGGAACAUUCGCAGAUUUUUUAAUCAAAAGAGGCCGAAGGGUGGAAUUUUGUAUCCAUCCAGUCGCAGGAAGACUUCCUGGACAUAUGAAUGUACUUUUAGCAGAAGCUGAAGUAGACUAUGGCAUUGUAAGAGAAAUGGACGAGAUCAACAAAGAAUUCCCAGAGACAGACAUUGUCAUGGUUAUUGGUGCUAAUGAUAUUGUUAACCCUGACGCUCAAGACGACCCGAAUUCUCCUAUUGCUGGAAUGCCAGUCUGCGAAGUCUGGAAAGCAAAAAACGUCAUUGUCUUCAAAAGAGGAGGUGGGACAGGGUAUGCAGGAGUAGAAAACCCUUUAUUCUUAAAGCCAAACACAAAAAUGUACUUCGGUAACGCUGACAAGUCAAUGAAAGAAAUACUGAACAUCAUGACUAUGAAUGAAACCAUGUUUGGCGAAGCCAAAAAUUCUACUUCAUCUGACACAGGCCCAGAAUCUUCUGACUCAGAAGAAGAAGUUGAGAAAUUCCCUGAGCCAAAAAUGACAAUUGGAGUGCCUAAAGAAAUUACUCCCCUCGAACAAAGAGUUGCAAUAACUCCAGGAACUGUCAAAAAAUUCAGAAAAUUAGGCUUUAGAGUCGUUGUUGAAAAAGGAGCUGGAGAAGGUGCGAAAUUUUCUGACGAAGAAUACACAGAAGAAGGGGCUGAGGUUGCGAGCACUGAACAAGUGUGGGCCUGCGAUAUCGUGCUAAAGGUGAAAAAGCCAGACCACCACCCAGUUCUGAAUAAACAUGAGGACACUUUGUUACAAAAUACCAAACUGUUGGUUAGCUAUGUGUAUCCUGCCAACAAUAAAGAAUGGCUGGAAAAUUUGGCCUCCCGAUAUCCGAACUUGACUUAUUUAGCUAUGGAAUGUGUACCUCGUAUUACAAAAGCCCAGAAACUUGACUCUUUGAGCUCAAUGGCUAAUAUAGGAGGAUAUAGAGCAGUUGUGGAAGCUUUCCAGUAUUUCAGAAGAUGCCCAAAGCCAAUGAUCACAGCUGCUGGAAAACUCCCUCCUGCUGAAGUUUUAGUCAUCGGAGCUGGAGUAGCUGGCCUUUCUGCUAUUGGCUAUUGCAAAAACCUAGGCUGCAACGUAUACGCAAUGGACACCCGCUCAGCUGCCAAAGUAGAUGCCGAAUCCAUGGGUGCUAAAUUUUUGUCAGUCCCAAUCCAAGAAGAAGGACAAGUAGCUGGAGGAUACGCCAAAGUUAUGUCAGAAGAAUACCAAAAAGCCCAAUACCAAUUAACAAAAAGAACUGUAAGGAAAUGCGACAUUGUGAUAACAACUGCUCUAAUUCCUGGCAGGCCUGCACCUAAACUUGUAGACGACGAAUGCAUCAAAGGCAUGAGACCUGGGAGUGUCGUCGUUGAUAUGGCUGCCGAAAUGGGAGGAAACUGCGCAUACACAAAAGCAAAUGAAGUCAUAGUAACUGAAAAUGGAGUCACUAUUGUUGGAUUCACAGACUUAACGAGCAGAAUGGCACCACAAAGCUCAGAGCUCUAUGCAAAUAACUUGUAUAAUUUAUUAGACGAAAUGGGAGGAGCUGAAAAAUUCAAUAUAAAUAUGAAAGAUGAAAUCAUCGCCCCAAUGUCUGUGGUUCAUGAAGGAAAAAUGGUAUGGAGCCCACCUAAGCCUUUGCCUCCUCCUAAAGCUCCUGAAGCUCCUAAAGAAAUCUCAAAAGAACCUGAAAAACCAACGAAAAAGCCAACAAAAGAAACUCCUUGGUGGUACAUGUACGUCGAAUUUGCAUUUUUAGCUGCAAUUUGUGCAGGAGGGUUUAUUGGGCUUGCAUAUUCCACUUAUGGAGACUUCAUGAGUCUUUUUAUGACUUUUGUUUUAGCAGUUGUAAUUGGCUACAUGGUUAUUUGGAACGUAACACCUGCCCUACAUACACCACUGAUGAGCGUCACUAAUGCAAUUUCUGGUAUCAUCGUAAUCGGCGCUAUGAUGCUUUUAGACUCAAAUGAUGGCUGGAUUGAUGAAGGCUCUGCAGUUGGCGCCAUUGCGAUAUUUUUCGCAAGUAUAAAUAUUUUUGGUGGUUUUAUUGUAACAGACAGAAUGCUUUCAAUGUUCAAGACCAAUGCAAUGCCAGAGCCAGGUCUGCAUCACCACAACACUUUGCACCACCCUCACCAUCACCAUCACCAUACUCACCAAAAUGAAAAACCUUAA